AUGGCGGGAUUUUUCCGACGGCGGCAGCGUAGCUGCCUGUCUGGCAUCAUCGCAUUGAGCGCUCUCGUGGUACUCUACCAUGCCUUUGAGUCGGCCUUCGUCGGCCUUCCAUGGCCGCAGCCGCAACCUGCCACCAAGCAAACGACGAGGUAUGAGUCUUCCAAGCCGUGGGAGGCCAGAGACACAACAACGUCGAAUGUGGAAGCCAAACUUGAGGAGCACAUGAGCAUCCCAGAGAUCUUGAAUCGCUACGGCCUGCCAGCGCUUGUGUUCCACUUCGUGGUUUGGGUUUCAACACUGGCUUCGCUGUAUUUUCUCUUCUGCUUCAACACCAGCCUUCUCCAGAUGCUUCCAGAGGAGUGCAGCGCGGGUGCAUGCUUCCCCUUUCUUCCAAGAACGACUCCGUUGCAGUUUUACAUCAAAGGUCCAAGGCCCAGAAAGGAACAUGCCCGGAAGUCGUGUGGUUGA